AUGUCCAUUUUGUCACUUCGCCUUGACAGUCGGAACUCAGGUAAGAAGUCCUUUAGCUCAAAGUUUCCCAGGUCGUGCGUUCACAUUGCAUCCAUUAUCACUUUUACCGCGAUUGGUUGACGUUUUAAAUUUCCUUUUUCCUUUCAGCAUCAGGGAUCACGAGACAAAAUAUCUAUCAACCAACAGGAUUUGUAAAUACAGCAGUUACAAAAUGUAAGAAACACUACUCAGAAUUCAUCUAUUUGACAUUUUUUUUUGUUAUUGUUGGUAGGUUUAUUCAGUAACUGACAAAUAUUUAAGGACACAAGGCAGAAACAAUUAAAAGAAUCGGAUUCGUUAGAAACACGUAAAAGCUGUUUAUGUUAGGUACUAGAUUUGUCUUGUUUUUCAUGGUCACGUUUAUUUCAGUCGACUAAAAACAAACGGAAAAAUGCCAAAAGCGUACACUGUACCUCCCCACGAAAUCCUGCCCAAUCUUGUUUUUUCUUCUCGCCUUACUAUUUAGUGCUAUGAAGUACUUAUAAAAAUUAAACCCAUGACAAACACACACACACAAAAAAUAUCAUUCAGUUUUUGAAGGUCAUAAACGGUCUUUAUGUUGUGCUUUGGUCUUUUUUUUUUUUUUUUUGGUUUUCAUUGUCUUGAGAACACGGGAAUAAAACAAAAUCGUAGUGGAAUAAUUAUAGUGUAAAACAUUGAAAUAAAACUUGACUACAACAGCAGGCACCAAAGCGAAAUACCUGACUAGCCCUGAUGAAAUGUUAUUCAAAACUUCGGUGAACAAUUUCUCUUUUGCUACCACGCAUGAUGAUUUUAGUUUCCUUAAUUGCGGUUUGUUCAAAUCUCUUUUAAAUCAAUUUUCUUUACUUUUCUCUCAAUUGCAGCAACUUGUAAUCGAAACCGUCAAACUAGACAGUUUCAGGACAAACUAGUAAGAGAUACAAAUGGGCGUUUAAUAACCAGUCAGGUUCAAGCAAAUUGUUAUUGACAUUUCUUUAUUUACAGUAUCCUUAACUGUCCACUAUGCCUCUGGGGGCUUAUUCAUUUCAAGCACGGGGUGAAAUUAGAGACAGGGGCUAGAAAUAGAGGAUUUACAAUACAUUUCAAAAGGUUGAGUUUGAUCGUCCGGGUGAACGUAGUCCUGAAUAGGACUGUUGUUGUUGACAGUGACUGACGUUUCGACAACCUGUGCGGUAGUCAUCUUCUGAGUCAAAGUGAGUUGUAUCACGUCAAUUGAUGGUAUUAUACUCUGGUUAUUGAUCUGAUUGGUCAAUUAUGUCGCGAUGUUAUUGGUCGUCUGUCAGUUAAGUCGCACCAAUCACUGAUUACGAGUCUUCAUAGCCAAUAACAUCACGGCUUAACUGACAGACAACCAAUAACUUCGCGACAUAAUUGACCAAUCAGAUCAAUAACCAGAGUAUAAUACCAUCAACUGACGUGAUACAACUCACUUUGACUCUGAAGAUGACUACCGCACAGGUUGUCGAAACGUCAGUCUCUGUCAACAACAACAGUCCUAUUCAGGACUACGUUCAUCCAGACGAUCAAACUCAACCUUUUGAAAUGACUCCUGGGUUCAAACCUUUCACAGUUUUACAAUACAUCAGAGUUCAGACGCUUGCGAAUACGAAUUAUUACAGGAAAAUACACUAAUUCGCGUAUAAAAGAGAGAUUUCCCAAAUAAAGAUACCAAACAGUAACAAACAACUUAAAAGAGGAGCCUAAAUUUCAUCCUGUUACUUCGACCUCGUUAUUACUCCCUCAGUAACGUCUGAAUCGACCGGCCGUUGAUGCCGCCCAGUGACGUCACUACCCCUUUACUUUAAUUCACGCAAAAAAGUGAAACACGAUUUUCAAGUGGUAAACCAAGAAAUAUCGUUCGGAAAUGUCUACAUAAUACAGAACAGCUGACAGAAUUGCUUUACUCUUUUCGAUCGUAAUUCACGUUUAACGUCCAAACUAUCAACUGCAUGCAGUACUCUGAACCGGCUGUAAUUCAAACUCGGUCGUAAUCACGCAAUGAAAUAAGUAUACACACGGAACAUUUUAUAGUUCAAAAACACAACAAUUUCCUUUAAUUGAAAAGAAGCUAUUUGGUCUUUAACGAAGAAAAAAAGAAAACAAAGAAACAAGAAAGGAAAGCUAACAGAAGGAUUACAAUUGACGGUGAAAACAGCAAGAAGGUCGAAUGACAUUAUGACAUUGGUUUCAAAAACUUCGCAAAAAUAAUCACUGCGGACACCAUAAAGCGGCUCUAAAUGAAAAACCUACCGACUCUCCGUAAUGAUUCUUCAUUCGCAGUUCAAUUUAGCAAUUCAGUUUCGAUUUUUUCAAUUUAGCAAUUGCUGUUUACGAUAAAGAUUAUCGAAAUGUUUGAAUUCCUCGAAAGAAUGCCACCGGUGCGAUCCGCUGAAUAGCAAGCGACAAUCCUGCUAAAAUUUCUCAUAAUUAUGCAUAAUUAUGCGAAUGUUUAGACAAUGAACCAAUCAGAAUCACUACCCGUUUUUCGGGUAGUAGUGACCUUACUGGACGGCAUUAACGGCUGAUCGAUUAACAUGUUGCUGAGAGGAGAAAACGACUCCAAGCAAUCGGAUGAAAUUCAGGCAUCUUGAAAGGGUUAAUGCAAAGGUAUUCUUAGGAUCAAAAAUGUUGUUUUUGUGACAACAGGUCCGUCAAGAAGGUCAUAUUAUUGCUGAUAUCUGUACAUGCAUAUCUUGCACCUGAUGGUAAGUAGUGGUUGUGAUAAAAUCAUCCUAAAAAUUGAAGCUUCUUCUACCUUUAGAUUGUUAACUCGACUAAUAUGACUCUUUUUUCAGUGAACGCCAGUAAGGAGACAGCUAAGGAGAUGAAAAUUGGCCCAUUUACUGCUUCAGGUAUCAGGGUAGCAGAAAGGGGCUACCUUUGACUCUUAUUUCGUCGUUAGCCUUUAACUGAACCACCAAUUAUAUAACAAAUCGUUGGACAUAAACAGGUACCUCAGUUACCAAAAUAUUUACCCGUUCUAAGACCCAGCCUCGUCCACAGGGAAAAGAGCCCAGGGGACGAGGGUGUCUAAAACAUUAACACGAUGGUCGGUUGCAAGGGCUUUUCCUCCCGCAACUCACCCUCUUAAAUUCACUUUUAAUUUUGGCUCACAGAGGAGUAGUUUAUGUUCCAAAUGAAGCAAAACAUUAGAACACUUUAGUUAGAGAAAAAUUGUCGUUAAAUUUUUACUAUUGUUAACGUAAAGUAUUUGUGACGUUUCUUGAAGUAUGACGUCAUAAGUGACUCCCAUUUUUAGUAACAACAUUUAGAAAUUUGAAAAGCGGUGUUCUAAGCGUUACAGACAUUUUUGCUACACAAAAAGAAUAUUUAUAGUGAAAACCCCAUAAGAAUCGGUUAAAAUGGCGUGAAGUUAAAGCUAAUUAAAGAAAAUCAAAUUUAUCGCCAAAUGACCAUAUAUGGUCAAAAUUUAGCGGUAUUUCAUUGUGACAUCAUAAUGACCUAUUUCGUGACGAAAAAACGUGUCAUAGCACCACAUACAAUAAUGAAAAAAAACUACAAUUUUAAUUUUAUCUAACUUUUUCCUUGCUCCUGUGCCAAUACAUUCGUUAUCUCGCGUUUAAAAUACCCCUAAUUUGACCAUAUAUGGUCGUUUGGCGGUAAAUUUGAAUUUCUUUAAUUAGCUGUAACUUUACGUCUUUUUAUCCGAUAGAGAUGGGGUUUUCACCAGAAAUCAUAUAAUUCUAUACAGAAAACUAAUACGAAUUUUUACGAUUUCUUUCUUGAAUUUUUAUUCUGAUGCCAAAUUUGGACAUCAUUUAUGACGUCAUAAUAGCUGUCACAUGGGAGGAAAAAAAACAGUUAACAGGUAAUUUAUCAACCUUCGUCCCUGCCGAGUUUUGUCACAUUCGAUGUAUUCUACCUCUGUCUGUGGCCUAAAACUGUCAGUUUUGAGAGGUAUGUGAGGAAAAGCCCCAAGCAACCGAUUACUGUGUAAAGACAAACACGGACUGAAGAAAGGCCUUGGUACGCCUUGGAACCCAAAACUACUAUCAAAGCAUAAUUCACAAUGUCUUGAUUUCUCUUCUUCUCUUCUAACAUACCAUGUUAACCCUAUUCAAACCGGGGGACGUUUGGAGCCUCGUGAAAAAGUUAAACAACUUCUAAACUGUUCAGGCUAUGACCACCAAAGUCCUCAUGACGUGUCCGUCAACAUGGACGUAGCCAUAGUUACCGAACUUUGAUAACUAUGUUUUUUCGGAAAAUUUGGAUUUUUACUAUAAAAAAGCUUUUAUUUCUAUGUUUACUUAUUUAAUUCUUAUAUUAAAUUCAUCAUAGCAUUAGUUUAUAAAAUUUAUUAUAAAUAACUGCUGAAUGUAAUCCAGGCGUUUUGGUGAACAAUUUGGGUGAAAAAAUGAAUUUAAAAUGACUAAAUAACAGAUGCUUAGUUCCGUUUUUUACAGUGUUCGUUUAUUUCGGAUUUUCAUAACUUGGAGUUUUUACAUCGUUUGCAUCGUUUUAUACACAGAUAAGACUUCCUGUCACGAAUUAACUUCGAUUUAUAUGGGUUUUAAGAAAAAUGGAAUGCAUUUCAUAGAUUCAAGAUAGCGGAUUCAAGAUGGUUUCAUUUCCAUUUACAAUAAUAAACGACGUCAUCGAGACAGGAAUACUAUUGUUUAAGAUUAUCUGUGUUUUAGCUAACUUCUUGAUUUUAUUAGAUAAAUCACUAUUUGUGUAUUUUUUUUAUUUAUGGCUACUUUGAGAGGAAUUUAGAUUUUGUCUAUAAAUUCAGCCACAUGACGUCAUAAUGGCGUAAAAAUACGUUAUUGUGUCAAUCAUGUUGUGCCUAGAUGCUGCAAGUGAUCAGUACAUUAUUCUGUGUAAUUUUAGUGGCCAUGUCAUGAGCGGUUUUGAAGUUAUAGAGGGGAUCCCCGUAGCUUGAUCUUUAUAGGGUUAAAACAAUGCGAAAAGUAUCCGGAGUUUAAAGGGUGUAAUUCUUAUUGCUGUCGUCAAAAUGCAUAAAUUUAACAGUGAUAGGAUUUGCUUUCAGCUUUUGCAGUUGGCAUUUUCAUGGGGCUUCUUGCAGGAAUUGUUUGAAGUAUCAAAUUUCACACGUUGUCAGGAUUAUUAUUAAUGUUAUUAUUAUCAUCAUUAUUAUUAUUAUUUAUUCUUACUGCUGACCCUGCUGGCCAUGCACUUGGAUCAAUAUAUACUUUAAGCUUAAGUCCGGACUUUUACUUUGGAAAAGGGAUUUCAAAAGCUCUUGAUCUGCAUACUCGGGCCAAGCUUACGACUAGAAAAAAAUCAUAGGAUGUCAAGACAUGUCCCGCCUCUAAAACAGCUAAAUUUUUUUCAGUGUUAGUUGACAUCAUCACAAACAACACAGUACACCACAAACUGCACUAAUUUACACCCAAGACCUACCAGUGACCUACUGGCGAAAGCUAAACCAAUGCCCUUGUACAUCGUCUUAACCUUCAAUAUUAUUACCCUAAAACCUCCACUGGGUCAGUUGCCGCCAAAAAAUAAUUAAAGGAAACUUUUUAUUGGUUUUCGGGAUUUAAUUACAGAAUUACAGGUGCAUACCCAAUGCAGUAUUAAAGUGCGGUAAAGCAACAAGAUUCAAUGCUCACAGUCUCUCACAAAUACCUGUCAUUAAGCUUCCUCUAAGCGAACUUUGAGAGGAAUAAUAUGGGGUUCCACUAACUCUGAAGAGCUGAAAAUACGCACAAUGUAAAGUAUAAUACAUCCUUUGAUGAACCUCCUAUUGCUGUGUCUAAACUCCUCAAUCUAGCUGUGCGCUGGCCCUCAAAAGUGUGACCGGUCGGUAUAACUGCCCGUAAAAUUUGCUCGACGAUAGAAAGAAAUCUUUAAAAUUCAUUACUCCACCGGACAUUUCAUUCCAAUAAAGUACUUAAGUCUAGUUUUCUAUGACAAUAGAAAUCUUAAGAUUUCCAGUAUUUCCGUGAUAAAAUCGAAAUUUUCAUCCGCCUCUUCGAUGAACACUUUGAUCGCCAUUUUGAAAGUUACUGACGUGAGACGUGACGACAUACUGGCAGGCGACUGUACCACAGAUUUCCUUGGAGACACCUUCCCCUCCCUGCUUGAACCUAAGUCGAAUUUUCGACUGUUUCAGUCGCAGAUUCGACAAAUUCCUAUUUAAUUUGAAACUGUCGAAUUUAGUUGAUUCAGACAUACCAUCUCAAAGUAGUUACUUCAGUCUCGAAUUAAAUUAGGCACAUGUGAAAAUCGACGAUUGAGCUAGGUAAUAAUAACAGUAUCUAGAACCACUAAAAAUACUAGUAGAUACGCUAUUAUACAUACGGCAUUUUUUUAUAUUCUGUAAACUUUGCUUUCAAUUUACCACGUUAUGUUACAAGGUUACGAAAAAUUUGCUUCAAGGGGAUUCGAACCCGGACCCUGAGAAUCAGCUAGAGCUAAAAGUAAGAACUUCUAUCCAUAGGACUUCCUCGGUAAAACGCUGAGAAUUAGAGUUUAAAAGAGCUACGUAUUCCUUUUCUAUGGUGAUUGUCCGUUUUCAAGAAUGACUGUUUAGUUUUUUUUUUUUAAUUUCCGUGUAGAAUUAAAUCUUUAACUGAUCGAAGCUAGACGUAAGCUCACAAUAAACCCAUGAAUACUCUUUCAGACUUGAUCCAUGCCCGGAAACGUUUAAGAAUUAAUGAACUAUCGAUAGCACGGUCCCCGACUGAACCGUACGAUUCUCUCCCUGCGCUCGCAAGGUAUCUUUUCAUCUGUCGGGGCCGGAAAACAUUAACACAACAUUGUCCAUCAUUAUUUCCAUCGUUUUAGGUUAGGGUAGCAAACCAUUUGGCUUUUGGGGUUAGAAGAGCUGGUACAUGACCUCUCUCUCUCCGAAAUGAAGAAAAAAAAUAUGGGCGCCAAAUACAUCCUUUUAGUCUUUAGAAAUCUCCUUUUAAUUAUUAACAAACGUUGAACAUUUAUUUCGGCAAACAAACAGUUAAGUUGGAAAAGGCUUUUACAAAAGUCUCAAGCGAAGGUCUUAUUUUGAAUUUUAACUUGCAAUAUCGGUCAAUUUAUGCAACAUUUAAACUUCUGGCUUAGUUUUCGUUUAGUUCUGCUUUAAAAAUGGAAAAAUAAUUACUCAGAGACAAUACAGAGUAAGGAAUUGCUGAGAAAAACAGCAAAAAUUUGCCAAGUUAUGACAAAAAAAGUACUCUAAAAACGAACUAAAACGUUUAAAAGGCUUUGAUCACGUGACUGAUGACGUAACAAAAAAUUAUCCGGUAGAACCUUUGCUUUCCCGCAAAUUUUCUCUGCCGUGUGAUAAAAGUUUGACUCUCUACAGCCCUUGGCAUGGCCUAGUCUCCCGACUUUUUCGCUCAUGUUCAUUACCCCCUAAAAUUUUAAAUGCCGGACGUAAACUGGUUAUUUUUAAAUGCCCCUGACAGCUAAACCCUCAAAUAUGCUAUUUGCUUUUAACUCGUUAAUGAAAUCUUGUCUCAGCAACAAGAAAACCUAAUCGGAAAAAGUCACGUGACUGAUGACGUCAUUACCUCAGAUGUGACAUGGGAAAAUAUUUUGUUGCAAAUGUUAUCUUGUUGUGACCUGACAUUCGUCUACGUAUAAAAUUGUCAAAGUUAUAAAUAGUUGUAGCUUUUUAAAAAAUUGCCUCAAAGGAUUCUGGGAUAAUUUUUAUGAUAAUUAUAAUUUACCUUUAUAAUUAUUAUUUAUUAGUUUUUAGUGGGGGCUUUCUCACUGGUUAACAUAUCUAGUAUUGGAAUGGCUACAUUUAUGGUUUUGUCAACGUUGAAAUAUUUAGCUUAUUUUCGAAAUUUUCCCGAAACUCUAUGUGACUUGACAAGCCUGACUCUUUAAAAAUUUAAAUAAAAAGUUAAUAUCAGUAGUGUUCUAAACUUGGGUCGGAGUGAAUGACAUGACUGAUCUUUUACACUUUGCAAAUCGGCUUUUUUCAGCCCCUUCAAAUCUGGAUGAAGUACGCCAGAAAGCAUUAAAAGUGCACAACGACAAAAGGGCGAUUCAUGAUGCAGAUCCCCUGACGCUUUCAGCGAGUAUGAAUGAUGAAGCCCAGAAAAUUGCUUGGAAGCUUGCUAGUCGACCCUGGAAAGAUGUAGGGCAAUUCAAAAAACCUACCGAUGCCUCUACUUGGACCUUUUAUAUAUCUUGCAUUGAGAGACGUGAUGUGAAAAAAAGUGAUGCCGAACUCAUGGAAGAAGCCAUGUUAAGAAUGUGAGUUUAAAAGGACAAUGGCGGGAUGAGCAUCAAGUUACUAGUAUUGUUCGCGUAUGCCAUAGAAAUAGUGAUUUUCAUAAUAGAGAUUUCGUUAUUUUGAUUUCGUUAUUUUUUAUGGCGCCUGAAAUGUGUAUAUAUUGGUUAUCGUUAUUUUGUUUCUUAAAUCCUGCUGAUUUAAUUAUUAUUUUUAUACUACCAUCGAUUUAAUGAAAGUCUAGUAUAUCAGAAUUAAAACAUUGCUGUCGAUCUUAUUAGAUUUUUUGACUUGCAAUAUUGUUAAAUGGUUGAGUCUCAGAUAAUACAAAUGAGGAUGUCACUUCUUUCUGUAAUUAUAGCUUUUGUUAAGAUUCUCUCUUUCCCUCUAUUCUAUAACUCCUACUUAUUGUCAGAAACUGCAUUAUUAUUAACUUCUCUUUGCACAGGUACAAAUAUAAAAACAAGGGCGGUGCUUGCGCUUUUAACUACGACAACCCGGCCACAACACCCACAGGUGAGAAAAGGGUCUUAGCGUUCAUUCACAUGGUAUGGGCCAAUUCCAAAGAAAUUGGUAUAGGAUAUGCGAAGAGAGCGGUGUACCUGACCAACAACUUUGAUGGGGGACCAAUGGCUAAACGCCUUUGCCUGUUUGUAACUACCUUCUACAAGCCAGGAACACCAGAGAACGCAUCAAGUCAGAGCCUAAAGACGAAUGUUAAGAAAGGAAGCUUUAACCCGCAAACUGAAUGCCUGGAUUCAAAUAAAGACAGUGAGGACGAGGACUCUGACUUCAUAAUGUGAAUGAAACAAAAACGCUUGUUGUUUGUCAGAAUUUGUCAGCCUCUUUCAACUCAUAAGUUAAUUCUAUUUGCCUUAUUAAAUGCGGCUAAGAGAUACUAAUAAACAUGAGUGAUAAAAAAUUUAAAAUAUUGUUUUUGUUGAAUAAUCCAUAAAAAUGGUAGCAAACAUAGAAACGUUACAGUUGUCUGUUUGUUACCGUGAUACGUGUCCAUACCGAUCCCAGAAAAUCAAGCCCCACCCCACCCCCAGAAAAAUUAUAUUCUCUGCAUUUCCUCAAUAUAUUGAUUUAGCUAGCCAAGGUUUAAACAAUAAGCUUAAAAUAAAAGAACAAGAAAUCCACAUAUCUAUACUUCAUGGUGGAUUAAUUUCUAAGACCUGAAACAAAAGGAAAAUGUUGCAUCGAGUAAUUUACAACAAAAAUGUAGGAGUCAUCGUCGAUCACAGUAUAGUGCGACUAGAAAAAACUAAAUCUCCCAAAGCCCACCUACAAAUAGCUUUUGAUGCCGACAGGCCAAAGCUAUCCGGUAUUAUAAUACUGUAUGCACACUUAUCCGAUUUGUGACUCUCCACUUUAGAAAUCGGUGCAGCCCGAUGCGGUCUCGCAGUAUUCUAAAAGUUAGCCUUGGUAUUCUAAAGUGAUUAAAUCAUGCCUGAUUAGCCUUUCUUUAUAAGACAUGUUCGUAGGAUAGCUAACACUAAGUAUAAACUUCGUUGCUCUACGACGGAGAAAUCAAUGAGAGCACGAUGCUUCGAAAUGAGAGAAGACCACAGAGCCCACAGGUUGAUUCUGUUGGUCGAUAUGCAUGUAGAAUUUUUCUUCUCUUUGAAUUCACGCAUGUCCUUGCAGAGCUCGGUUAAAGCCAGUAGUCUUAUACGCUUUCGCAAACGUAAGUUCUAUAUUUCGGGUCCAGGACAUGUCGUUGGACACAGUAUGCUUCUGAGGACAGUGAUCGGGAUGGUACACAUCUGUUGGCUAAAAAAAAUAUAAGUUUGCAGUAUUCAAGUCUAUUGUUUUACUUUUAAUAUUCGAUCACAAAUUUAUAUUAUAGGUAAGAGAUCCAUUAGAAUACGUCUUUAUCUUAAUUUUUGUUAGUUCGUUUACAGAACUAGAAAAACACAUGCUAAAAUGCCAAUUAAUUACACUCUACGUUUUAAACAUGAGAGAAAGCUAUCCUUUACCUUGACCUGAAACAUGCAAUCUGCGUACAAAAAAAAAAUCACACUUGCAGUGUUCUCAAUAACCCGCAGUAAAUUGGUUCAAUCGUUCCGGUAAUAGAUAAAGUGAUGAAAAGUUUGAUCUGGUUUGACUAGUCAAAACAUUGAAACAUUUUGGGGAGUCAUUCGAUGUUUUCAAUUACCGAAACUAUUAACAGUCGGUCGGACGAUAUUGAAGUCACGGCUGAGUUUGAUUACCUAACGCUAAUACUGACUUUGCAUCAAAAUUUACAGUGGAUACAAACUGGCACUGAUAUCAAGAGUCUUCACUCUUUAAUGAAGCCAGUUUAGUCAGUCUCACCAUAGUGCGCAUGCACUGUCACAUGUACGUGGCAAGGAAAAGCGACAGAAGUGUCGCGAGCGAUUUAGAAUAAUUUAAAAACACGGCAGCUUAUUUCGUUCAAGCUGCGAAUUUUGAUGUGUCUUUUGUUUGGUUCCUAUAUUUUCCAGCAGUACUGUUUUCGUUAUUGCGUUCGAGGUACGAGAACGAAACCCCUAAUUUGUGUUGGGUGUUCUGUGCGAUAUUUGAUGUCCUGUGCAAUUAAUAAGAGAGUUUUUUUCGAGAUUGCAUUCGUCGUCGUCGUCGACACACAUUUGCCUCGCUUUGAGGCACUUGCUUUCGUUUUGCCUCACUUUGACGAACUAACUCACGUAGUGAUUCGUACGUCCUCGGCGUUCAUCAUUCAAGCGUUUGCUGAGGUCUUUAUUCUGUCUUCGUAAAGAGUUCAUCUUUUAAAUGUUUGCUGAAUCUUCGUAAAGCGUACAUAUUUGAAGAGUUUGCUGAAGGUCCACUAUCGAUCUGUGUUUGCUGAAUCUUUCAAAACGUUCAUCUUUCAAAAGUUUCGGCGGCGGUUGUGCUACAAAGUAAAUCUACAGAGUUGUGUAGCUCGGCGGCCGUUGUGCCAAAGUAAAUAUCUACCGAGAUGUGAAGCUCUGCUUCGCCGUUUCAUCAUGAUUUGUGAUAUUUUCGGCACCGGACAAACGAACAUUUUAGGCCUAUGUUAUUAAUUCCGAAAAACUUAUAAACAGCCCACAGUAGCUCCACUCAAGUCACUGAAAUAAACACCUUCGACCAAAUUACUGCACUUAUUGAGACGAACCAUACGAUAUCACUAGCCUUCAAGGCUUUUUCAUAAUGAUACACAGUUUAAAUAGAGGUUUCGCUAUAUGCAAUCCUUACCUUUAAAAUAUGCCAUGAUCAAAUUAAAGCCCGGUUUCCAUAUGAUCGCUACCAUCGCUGCGAUCGCUGAGAAAAAAAAAACUUACCGAUCAUACGAAACCACUCUCCAGCGAUCGCAGCGAUCGCAGCGACAACAAUAGCUGAGAUAUAAAAAGUUCUAUCUCAGCGAUCGUUAUCGCUGCGAUCUCUAGAGAGUGGUUUCCAUAUGAUCGCAGAACUUUUUUUUCUCAGCGUUCGCAGCGAUCGUAGCGAUCAUAUAGAAACCGAGCUUAAUCUAUCGCAAUAACCAUCCACCCCUUCCUCCUCAACUGCUACCUGAACACCUUACAAACAUGUCGAACGCACUCUUCUAAGCACCGAUUACUCCUAGUAUUUAUUAUAGCUGAAGGACGCAAGUAGUAUAUUAAGGAUUCUCAAAGGGCCCCCUAAUGACCGAGUGUUUCCAAAUACAUCAGAAGGGUCACAAACGGCUUUCUCUUUGCUUUAGAACACUGUUGAGCGAUUUAAUUCGGAGCUGCUCUAAAAACUACAUUUAUCUGUUCAAAUGAGGUAGACGAACUUUGUUUGUAAAGAACGUUUUAGGUGGCAAUUUUCGUCGUACCCGAAACUUUUAGCUACUACACGUCCCGACAUAUUAAUGGGUCCGGUCGAAUCGAGGUCGAGGACAUGGCGGUUUAGCUGUACUUUUAUUUUAAAAACUCUAGGAAACGAUUUGACUUUUUUGCGAAAUUUUUAGAUAACUUUUUGUUAACGGAGAUCGCAAUAACUAGGUGAUAAGAUGCGAAAAUUGUAGGUAAGUUAAAAGAAAAACCUCGAAAAUGUUAGACUAAUAGGACGGUUUAAUAUCAAGAAAUUUUGGUUUUUUUCUCGAGCUUUAGAAAUUUCUAGGCAAAGUCGUCGGAUGCCUCUGAUUAUUCUUCUUUUGUGGUUUGUGUUAUUCCAUGCCCAUGACGCCAAUAAACAGCUGAACAUCAGAGUUUUUUGUCUUAAUAUCUUGUUAAUUUUUUAACACCAUUUUGUCAAUGAAUAGAGUCGAUUGACUAGCAGAAGGUUGUUUUUCGACAGUAAAAUGUGCUUCAACUUAUUAACAAUUCGACGUCGAUGCCAAGAUUGACGCUGAGAAUGGUAAUCAACUAUUUGCUAAUUUUAGUGAUUUCCACAUUGUAUAUAGCUAUUAUAAGUAAAGAUUGAGGGCAACAAAAAUAUUUUAUUUUUUAUGAUUUAGCUUAUUUUCUGGGCUUUAUGUCUUUAUUUGAGAGUCAAGCAGGUGGUGAAUUAUUGUUUUGUUUAUGCUUCGUAUCAUCAUUUUUUUUUUCUUUAUUUUGGUGGGAAUUGAUAUCAUAAACUCAACUUGAAUAUAUUUUCCCAUACCUGCAGGACACGACACAGUUCCGAUCGAAACCCAAAUUACUCAAUAUUCUCGAACUUAACGCAGAAUUUACGUUUUUAUUCAAUGAAUCAAGCAACUCGACUUAUGGCGCGGUAAGCCUUGCAAAUCCCCCCCAUUUUUAUUUUUGUUAUUACUUUUCUUCCACAGCAUUGCAACUACGCAAUGUUUUAUUCAUUAAACGGUUCUACAAGUUAGAAAAACUAAGGAAAUGCUAUGGAACAGUUAACCAGAAUUUUUUUUCCUUUUGGAGUAAUGAAGAUCUUUAGGCAUUAUUUCAUUCUUCGAACAGGUAUUUUACACAAAAUUGUGGUUUGAUGCCCCUAUAUAAGUACGGUUUGUCAUGAUAUCAUAACAAAAACAAGAGCGUAUUUUGUUCAGUAGUUUAUUGACUUUCUCUAGUUCAUUUUUUGCGGUUAACAAGAUGCUCCUCCUUUUUUUAAAUAGCUCGUAAUUUUACUGCUGAAUUUCAAUCUUCUUAAUUGAAAUGGCUUUGUAUUAAUAUUCCAAUAGUUACCAAUAUUUUAAUAAAACUUGAUCUGUCUUUUAUGUACUUGGUCAGGUUUAAAAACCCUAUAUGUGUUCUAAUUUUUCUGGACACCAAGCGCACAUUUAUGUUUUCUUGUAAAAACGUCCACAGCAUAUUUCUUUUGUAUAAAAUCGUUAAUAUAACGUGAAGAAAUUUGUCCAAAUUACUAGAGGAUCAAAAAAGUAAUGUCAUGUGGCGACCACAUUUCAUUGCAUGCAGGUGAAAGGAGCUGACGCAUGCGUCGCGACUUAAUAGUUUAAAGAAGAACAAAUAUUUUGUUUUGCAUUUAAUUUUUAAAAGACGCCGAAACUUUUAUCAUAAUAACUAACACGAAUAAAUAACGGUCGAUUUGGAAGUCUUUACAAAUAAACACGGAAUCAGUCCAACAAAGAUGGCGAAAUUGAUAGUUGUCGCUCUGAUGAUAUGUUUUAUGACAGAGGCAUUAACUUCAUCAGUAAAGGAACGACGUAAGUAUUAUAACUCCUAACACCUAAGGCAUUGCUCACUACCGAGACUCCGGCUUUAAAAUUACGACGCAAAAUGAUAUACUCUAGAGUGCAAAAUAUAUUACGAAUUUUACUGACCACCGCCCAGACGCCCGCACUGUGUGAUAACACUGCCAACUUGCCAUUACUUUGCUCAGUCUAAUAUUAUUUUUAUGAAAUUUACAACUUCAACUAAGAAUUUACAAAAAGGCACUACUUAAAAAAAAAAUGAGAAAGGCAUUUAGUUUACUUCUUAGUUCUCCUCAGUUCUCGAAGACAACGCUUAAGCUGAGUGCCAAGUUUGUUAAACAAGACUACAAUCUUCCAGAAUUGACUUCACCUGAGUGCGCGAGUCCACAAGUGCAUAAUUAAGAAAUUCGACUUCAAAGAGAAAAAAAAAACCUAUGAAUUUGCUUGCUAUCAUUUAGGUAUAAUGUUUCAAAUAUCACUUUUUCAACAGAAAAUUUAGUAUUGAUUAUUCCUUCGUUUCAACUCUUUGAUUAACCUUCCUAUUAUCAAGUCGCUUCAGCUUUUAUGUUAAUUUCUGCUUCAAACUUUCCCUCUUCUUUUUUUUUUCAUUGCUUUUUUUCACUGUGCAAUUUUUUUUUCUCUUGGCCUACGUUGAUUGUACCAGUUUUAAUGCUUAUGAACAUAAUAGCAAUAAAUUAUCCUGAGAAGCAAGAAUUUUUCAACAUCACCGCACUUGCAUGUGAGUUAAAUUUGCAUUUCCCUUGAAAGAAAAUGACUUUAUCAACGGAAAUUUUUUGGCCUCCUGGGAGCUUUCGACGCUGGUAUCACAAAACUUCACAAAAAUGAAUCAGCGUGAACUGCACGUAGUGUUUCUUCGUGGCUUCAACAAUUUCCUUCAUUCUGUUCUAAGAUUGGACAAGCACUAUAAUUAUCAAAAGUAAAAUGACGAGACAUAAUUUCAAAUAUAAUGCUUAUUUUGUUUUAUUUUUAUUUUAUUUUUUUUUUCAUUUUUACUACGUUUUUGUGAAUUAAGGAUCAAUCAAACUGUGCGGACCAGUCAAAUUUAUUUCACAGUAAUUUGCUCUAGUUUUAAUUUUUGACAUAAAAAAAAUAAAAGAAGAAAAACAAAAGCAAAACAAAUUAAAACGGUGCAAGAACUCGAAGAUUAUAGACCAGAACACACAGGUCAAGGAUUUUAUUAUUGAUUAUUAUUAUUAUUAUUAUUAUUAUUAUUAUUAUUAUUAUUACUUCUUCUUCUUCUUAUCAUCAUCAUCGUCACUAUUGACAUUUGUUAUUAACCUUUCGGCUUAAAACUGCCUCAAAAUUUUCAUAGAUAUCUUUCAUUUCCUUUUAUUUAACAUCUCAGUUUAUUGUUCACCAAUGAUGAAGCUCCGCCUAUUAACGCACUAUAUGUAAUUGAUAAAGGCAAGUUUCAAUUUUCUUCGCCCUGAAAAAAUUGCUAAAUAUCAAAUUUCAAUACCUGAAGAGAAAUCAUGAUAAUGCUCAGAAUGCAAAAUUAUCAUUUGUAGAAAACUUUCCCUUGCAUAUAUGUUUUCUCUCUUGAUUGAGUCAAGGCUACAAUGCAAUCCGUUUUUCUAAACGCCCGAAAAUUGACUUGGUUAAGUGUUAAAAAUUGGUAGAAGUUGAGGGAAGUCGAUAAACGAGUACACGAGAACCAACCAUGAUCGCCAAGAAUGACUUCGAUCGUCAUUUUUUUUCUCAGAGCAACGCACGCCGAACGAAAAAGAAAAAUAUACUUGUCAAAUUAAAUAAAAAUUAAUCGAGCAAAUACAAAAUAACUGUAAAUACAAAUUAAAAAAUCGAACUACUAACUUUUGCAACAAAAAACUAGCUAUUUCAGUUUAACGAAAAUCUUUACGAGCGGAUCGACGGCGUCGCAAUGGUAUCGCCACUGGGCCCCCUCGUGGCAUUUGCGUUUACGUGUUCAAAUGAAGAGAAAUUUAUUCUAUAAGAGGUACUUGGAUGACACUACGUUGGCUUUAGUACGUGAUCAGUCCGACCUCAGUGCCUUUCUGACAACACUAAAUAAUUUGCAUCCAGCAAUUCGGUUCCCUACGACGUUAACGACCGACUACUAAUCAUUGGCAUGGAGAUCAGAAAAAAAAUGAUCAGCAUCUGGAAACCUGCGUCUUCCGGAAAAAAAAAAAACGAACAAAGGGCUUCUCUUGCACUAACAGAGUCUCGUGGACAGUAGAUACGAGAGAUCGCUAUUAAAAAGAAUGCUAGAUCUUGCGAAACGCCUGUCCUCUACGCAAGAUUUUUUUCUUGCAAGAAUGCAAGAACUUGAAAGGCAUAUUCUUGAAACUAAAAUAUCCCAAGAAAGCUUCUCGUGUCAGCCAUAACAGUCUUCAGCGGCCCCAUGAUGAUACAGGACACACACCCUCUGAAAGCCCCUUACGGCAGUCAAGCAGCACCUCACUGAAAGGCUCACACAAUUGGCUGAAAGAACAAUAGAAACGGUGACAUAACAAUGCCCCAUCCCUGAAAACAAAGGGCAAUAUUGUUUUAGUCGGCCACUGAAAUUAGAGGUUCGUGUGAGGUACUGGUCCCGUGAAAACUGGCCGCAAUUCACAAUCGAUUUUCCUCUCAAGGACUCUCAGUUUUGUGAAAACUGUCUACGGAUCUGCUCAGCAGAUUUUUGAUCCUUGAAAGUCUUGAAAGGUAAGAUGAUCCGUAAGGCAGUAGUCCAGUACCUCACAUGAACCUCUAAUUUCAGUGGUCGACUAAAACAAUAUUGCCUUUUGUUUUCAGGGAUGGGCAUUGUUACGUGGGGUGCUGCUUGACUGGUUUUCACUAGCAAAAUUUGCCCAUUUUCACUCUUAAAUUUACAUGCACUUUUCACACUUUCUUUAUCUAUAAAUAUUACCACGGAUCAGGUUAAUUUCUUAUGUUUUGAUAAUGAUGACAUGAACCCAUCGAAACUUUUAAGUCUCUUUUAUGUUGUUAAUUUUUGUAUCAAAAUAUACAAAUUAGUGGCAAAAAGGAGGAGAGACUGGUGCGGAGGAAGGAAAAAGUUGUCUUAACAGUUGCUUUUCUAGGACCUUUAGCUCUUCCACUCUCGUUCCGUGAGGCUUCCACGCUCGCUCCUCAUACGUGUUCUCGAUCUACUGCGACGCAACCGAAAAAAAGAAAAAAAGAAUUCGGGCUGAGACGCCUAGAGAAGAACUCGCACGUGAUCAGGUCGGCCAUCCUCUAUCCGUCGAAACCGGGAUAAAUCUAAGCCCCUGUCGCGCGAAGCAAAUGACGUUCUCCCCAUCGAAGAGUAAAAACUAUUUACAUUGAGUUUCAUUUUGGUGUUGUGAGGUUUUAAAUAACAGUUCAUAUCUGGCCCCACGGGAAAAAGCUUCCAUUUGGGGAACGUUCACGCUUGGUGCCCGGGCACAAUGCCCAAGCACGGUACUAGCAGGGCGGAAUGGAGAGAAAAUGCACCCAGUUACAUAUCGAGUACUCAAUGUGUGAACACAAGACUUAAUUCAGUCCCAGUACCCGUGCAGAAGUGCUCGGGCACCAAGUGCACGUGAACACUGAGCCCCUUAGGGACUCUUGGAAACAGAAAUCACUGAUUCCAUCACGGCUGUUAGCCAUUAGAGCAGUUUUCAUUUGAGUGUCGAAAAGUAAUUGGUUUUGCACUUUCUACACGAUGCGAUUGGCUUAAAAGAUUCGCGUCACCUUUUCAUCCAAUCAGAAGUAAAACCAAAGCCAAUUGUGACGCGCUCGCAUACAUUUUCCCGCGCUUUGCGUCAGCCACAUGUAAUUACUUCGAGUUUUGAUUGGUUCAAUGUAUUGUCUGUGUCCUAUGUGAUUGGCCAGAGUAAUUACUUUGGUUUUGGUUUUACGACACUCAAACGAAAACCACUCUAAGAGCUUUAGUACUGUUCUCCUUACCUUUAUCCGAUAGAGAGGGAGCGCAAGUGUGUCAAUGAGGAGGACGAUGAAACUUGCGAAGUGUUCGCAGAAUAUUGCGAAGAUGUGAACAAGGAGUUGAGUGAAGAUGACCAUCGAUAUUUUGUGCAUGAAUCAUGUCCUAAGACGUGUUUGAUGUGCUAA